AUGGCUAUAAAAUGCAAAAGUUUAUCAACAGCUAUUGAUGGUUUAUCGCAAGAGAAGAAAAAGCAAGACAAGCAACUUAAUGAACUUCAACAAUAUUUAGCUAACGAAAGAAUAACAAACAAACAAUUAGAAAAUCGCUUCGAUAAAAGUCAACAAGAGUUAAAUAAAUUAAAAUACGAUGUUAGCGAACAGAGAUGUAUGAAUCAACAAUUAAUUCAAAAACAAAAUGAUCUUGUUGAUCAAAUGAAAAAACAAGAGAAGGAAUUGAACGCACUUCAUGAUCACGUUAAUGAUUUAAUUUUCCAUCUUGAGGGUGCAGAGAAGCUCCAACUUGAAGCAACAUCAGGUGAAUUUGCAACUAGUCAAAUUGUUAUUACUUACAAACCAAAACAAGCUCAUCGUCGAAAAUGA